AUGAAUUUAUCUUAACAAUAGAGAGCAUUUUUCUAAUAUAUAUUUGAUGAAAACAUCAAAUUUGGAGAUUCAGAGGGAUAUUUAAAAGUUUUUUAAUUGAAUGAUAUGAAAAAAACUCGAUAUAUCUAAGGCCAUUUAGCUUGUUUAUCAUGUAUUGCAAUGAGUAUUCAAGAAAAUGAAAUUAUCACAAGCAUAGGAAAAUGA